AAGCAGCAGUUGUAGUUUGACAAAUUUCGCUAAGUGCAAUUGAAGAGUGACAAGCUGACUGCGGCUGGACAUCUUUCGGUUUCGAGGAGAGUGAAAAUGAAGUUGCUUUCUGUAAUGGGCUUCUUGAGCCUCCUAAUGACUAUACAUGUCGCUAUCGGUGAUGAAGAGGCUGUAGAGGAACCAAUGCAAGAGCCGAAACUGUCGCAAGAGUCGGAAGCCAAGUCAAGCGCUAACGACGCGCGAUCGGAAAAGGUCAACGCAGAACCUCCAACGGAUUCAGCAGAAAACUCUUCAGAAGAAGACAAGACCUAUGCACUGGGAUCUCUAUGUAACUAUUGCACCUAUUGCAAGUUUUGUGAAUUAUGUGACAAGGAUUGUCCUUGUGAAAAAAGCAAGAAAAAACCAAAUUGUCAUUUGUGCAAGUACUGCAAAUAUUGCAGCCUUUGCAGUGUUUGUGAUACCGUUUGUACUCCAGGGGGUGUUGUUGACGUUGUGAGUUCAGCUAUUUAUAACUCUCUUCCAUCUUUUGACAAAGAAACAAAAGAAAAAGUUGACGAGGACAUCAAAUCAGCCAGGAAAUGGAUCAAGGAAUACCUCUGAUGAUAUUUCAAAAGUACAUUCCAUUGAAAAAAUGUUGGCACUUAAAAAAGCGUGAAAACACCAUCAGUUCAUGAUGAAUGAUGGUAGCCAUCCACACUUUUCUGGAAGAAAAGGUUUAUAAUAAAGGGUUUUUUAUGAUCAGUGAGAAAGCAAAUCAGUGAUUGGAAAUCAAUGAGAACAUUAGGUUUCCUCCUUCUUAGAUUGUGCUUUUUGGGUUUCGACAUUUUUGCAAUUGAGUGUAUACUGAUCCAAUGUAGGUUAUUCAGGUUUUCAAAAUUUUUCUUAUUAUACAAAUGUUGCUGACCUUUCUUAAGGCCUGUUGAAUGCUAAAAUGUUUGCUUUGUUAUGUAAUAUUGAAAACAUUAUCUUUGAAUUCAUUUGUAGAAGAAUUUGUUACCUUUAUUUUAAAAGAAGCAAAAAGAGCACAUUUAUGAGAAAUGCAACUUAAAGUUAAUUACUAAAAAUAUUGAUUUUAUUUUGAAUUUGUAUUUGUAUUAAUCAUUAUUAUUGAAAAAUCAUCAAUAAAUGUUGAUGAAAGAAACUUAACCUCA